CGGAAGUAGGUACAACCCGGAACGACUUUGUUUUGAUUUUUCAGUCAGCUGUCAGCAAACUCUUCACGCCGCCGAUGCUACCUUUUAAUUCCUUUUAACGAUAUUAGCGCUAUUUUUUUUUUUAAAUCCAUUCUGCUAAACUUGAGCCGCCGCCAUGGAGGAGCCCACAGCUUCCGGCGUGUUCUGCAGCAGGAUGCUGAGCAUGGUGAACUCCGAGGACGUCAACGCCAUCAUCCAGGCUCAGCGACACAUGCUCGACCGCUUCGAGAAAACCAACGAGAUGCUCAUCAAUUUCAACGGGCUGUCGGACGUGCGGCUGCAGCAAAUGAACGAGCGCUUCCUGCUGCACACCCGAACGCUGGUGGAGAUGAAGAAAGAUCUGGACAGCGUCUUCCGAAGGAUCAGGACGCUGAAAGGGAAGAUUGGCAAGCAGUAUCCGGAAGCUUUUAGUAACGUCCAUAAGUCGCCAAGCUCGGAGGACGACGACUUGGACCCGGCGCCCCCCAGCGGCGUCACGACGGUUACCUCGGGUCAGAGCACGGACUCCUGCGACACCAGCCCGGACGUGGUCUCGCCCGCCGCCAGCAGGUGUUCCGAAGAGCUGUGUCAGGAAGCGCCGGACACGCCCACCUCCGACGCCCACAACACGGCCGGCCUCCAGGACGAGGGUCCCGACUCUGUGUCUGCUGAGGAGUAACCAGGAUGUGUGGAUGAUGGACUUCACCUUUAAUAUUGUUGUCUUUUUUUUAAAUAUAUAUAAGUAUAUACUG